UCACUGGAGCUCUUACAGUAAAUAUUUGUGUUUGCGCGGCCGCCUGCAGCUGAUGGUGGAUGAUUCAUAAAGAGAGAGAAAGAGAGGAAGAGAGAGGGGAGGAGAGGAGAGGAGAGGAGAGGAGAGAGAGGAAGAAAACGAGCGGAGGGAGCGACUCCCUGGGGCUGAGCGCCGACACCGAUCCCCGAAGCAGCGAUCGGUCCCGCGAAGAUCAUGGACGAACUAAAGCACCAAGUAAUGAUCAACCAGUUCGUCCUGACAGCUGGAUGCGCGGCGGACCAGGCGAAGCAGCUCCUGCAGGCGGCACACUGGCAGUUCGAGACUGCGCUCAGUGCCUUUUUUCAGGAGAGCAGCAUCCCAUACAACCAUCAUCACCACCAGAUGAUGUGCACUCCGGCCAACACUCCGGCGACACCGCCCAACUUCCCCGACGCGCUCACCAUGUUCUCCCGUCUCAAGGCCUCUGAGGGAUUUGGCAGCGGCGGUGCUCCCGUUGCCGUGGCCACUUCCUCACCCCCCCAAGGCAGCUGGGCUGCGAGCCCCCCCGGCGCAGCUCAGCAGGGACUGUGGACCCCUCCGCUACCGAUGACGACGACGACGACGACUCCUGGCUGGCCCGCCGCCGUCACCCAGCAGGCUUCGAACGAACAGAAGGCCGGAGUGGCCGUGGAGGCCGAGAGAUGAGGGCGCGGUCCCGGAGAGACGCCCGCCCAGCGACGCGGACAAUCGGCCCAGGAGGGGACAUCAGUACACCGCUAAGGACGAGUAGCAAAGGAUCAUCAGUAGCGCUCAGAGCCUCCGUUUCCUGCCACGUCCACGCAACCCGGCGCGCUUGGAUUCCGAGCCCGCGGUACAGCCGUUACCUCUGCGGUCCUGGGACUUUUUGCAGCCAAUCAGGGAUUGUCCACACAGGGUGACACAGAAACCAUACACCUGUCUGCUCUCAUAUCCUCUGUCAGUCUAUUCGUAACACGCAAUAGGCGUUCCUUCUUUUAACGGUCAGCGGUGAGGGCGUAUGCAUUUUUUAACGGUGUUUUUUAAUUAUUUUUCAGGAAAGAGCCACACGUUGUUUUUCUUAUAUGGGCGGGGAUACAAAGUACUGCGUAAAACUACUGUUAGAAAUGUUCGUACGUGAAUUUGUCCCUCCGCAUCGCGCGUACAGAUGUUUACCACCUUUUCGUGACAAACACACGCGAAGUCGGCGUUGCAUUGAUGUUGCUGCUGGCAAGAAAAAAAAAAAAGAAAUCUAGAUUUUAAUGAUGUGUUAGAAUAUUUAAUUAUUAUGACUUAUUACUAUGACUUACAUUCUUUGCUCCUUAAUUUCUAAGGGGAAUGAGCAAGAUGGAAUUUAAUGGAGAUACAUGGACAAAGGCGACACCCCAGAUUUAACGCACAACUUUGGGGUGCUUCGUUAAAAAGGAUAAAAAAAAGGGAGGAAACAUCUAUAAUUUGAUACUUUUGUUUGUGUUCAAUCCUGCGCCGUCUCCUUAUCCUAAAUGUAUGUAAAAAAUGUAUUCUUGUAUGUAUUUUUUUUCCUCCUUGUAUAACUGUAUUGAUACUGUUCCCACAAUAUUUGUGGAAUACCUUAUAAUUAACUUAUCAUUUUUUUGUGUUCUAAAUAAAUACGGAACAUGGAACAGCCGUGUGAGCUUCGCCCUCAGUCUGACCUCCUGCUGCAAACUACAACAGGUACGUUGAGGAACGGAGGAAUAUAAAAUGCUGUCGCCGAUGCAGGCACACUUUACCAGAAGCACGGGGUUCGGGAUCAUCCAGGAAGGGUGGCCCCUGGGAUCAAACGGCGUGACACGGCCCGUUUAGGGAAAGGGAAUCGUGUUUUCCGACGGCAACCUGCAGAACAAGGCCCACAGACGAAGAACCGUAGACAAAGACGCAGGAUUACGGACUCGCAGCUUCUCUGUCCGAUACCACGUUUCUGGUCCACGUCCCUCAAGUUGCUGCCUGCGGAAGUGACGUUCAAAUAGCAAAUGCAU